GGAUGCAGAUCUGAUUUCACAUGUACGCAAAAAGAAGCUUAAACCUUGUUAAAUAUUUUUCAAUAAAAUGCAUUUUUUAUAUUUUGACAAUUUAGUAUUUGAUUUUGCAAUGAAAUACCACCCUAUAUAGUCGUGGAAAGGUAAUAAUGGAUAAAAAAAAAAAAAAAAAACACAGAGUAAGGAAAUGGUAAUCACUAGUGAUAAUGUGAUGUCACGACAGGAGUGAAGACCGAACCCUUAAGAUUGCACCUUUCCUCCCCCUGGAACUCUAUUUAACCAAAAGGUACUCAGUAACUAGGAGAUCCAAACACACCUACCAUCAAUGUGUCACUGCAUCACUUUAUUUUAAGCAGAAAAUAGAUUUAUUGAUAGCAAAGAGUCUUUUAAUUGCCACCAGAACAGCUGACCAGACUACUUCCAGUUACAUGAGAGGUGGUGGGACUAUCAGUAAACUACUGAUGACUGAAGUAACAAAGCUGACGGCAAGGUUCAAGGAGGCACUUAUACUCCUUCUGUAGAUCAACAAUGGUUGGAACAGGUGGCCCGGUGGCCUCUUUCUCUGUUUGGGAUUAUGUGGUGUUUGCUGGAACCAUUCUGGGAGCGGCCAGCAUCGGCCUUUUCCAAGCCAUCCGGGGUCGGAAGAACACCAGCAGCGAAGAGUUUUUGUUAGGUGGACGACAAAUGACAGCUGUGCCAGUCGCCAUGUCGCUGACAGCCAGCUUCAUGUCUGGCAUCACGGUCAUAGGCACACCAGCAGAGGCAUACCGGUUUGGCGCUGCCUUCUGGCUCUUUGGUUUCUCCUAUGCCAUCAUGUCUGCCAUCACUGCCGAAUUAUUUGUACCACUUUUCUACCGACUGGGGAUCACCAGCGCCUAUGAGUAUCUGGAGAUGCGCUUCAAUCGCCUUAUCCGGAUGAUCGGAACAUCCAUGUACAUAGUGCAGACGGCUCUCUACACAGGCUUAGUUAUUUACGCCCCAGCUCUCGCACUAAACCAAAUAACCGGGCUGGAUCUCUGGGGAGUACUGGUGGCAACUGGGGUAGUAUGCAUCAUCUACUGUACUCUGGGUGGCCUGAAAGCAGUUAUCUGGACAGACGUGCUGCAGAUGGUGAUCAUGCUGGCCGGGUUCAUAGCUGUUAUAGCAAGAGGAGCUGUACUGCAAGGAGGCCUGUCGGUAAUUUGGGAAGAUGCUGGCAACGGGGGCCGACUGGAUGCCUUUGACUUUGACCCAGAUCCUCUCAAGCGGCAUACAUUCUGGACCAUAGUGGUUGGUGGUAGCAUAAUGUGGGUGUCUAUCUACUCAAUCAACCAGUCUCAGGUGCAACGCUACAUCUCCUGCAAAACCUUGGGACAAGCCAAGUUGUCUCUGUAUGUUAACAUGGUUGGUUUGUGGGUAACAGUGAGCCUUGCUGUGUUCUCUGGUCUUACUAUGUUCUCCAUUUACAAGAACUGUGACCCGUUUUCAAAUGGGGAUAUAAGUACUUCUGACCAGCUGCUGCCAUACCUUGUAAUGGAUAUUCUGGCAGUCUUUCCUGGAAUCCCUGGCCUGUUUGUGGCUGCAGCUUACAGCGGUACCCUUAGCACUGUGUCCUCCAGCAUUAAUGCUCUUGUUGCUGUCACUGUGGAAGACUUCAUUUUUCCAUUUUACAAAGAUCUCACACCGAAACAAAUAACCUGGAUGAACAUGGGCCUGAGUGUGUUCUAUGGAGGCGUGUGUAUUGGAAUGGCUGGAGUUGCAUCAGCAAUGGGAAGUGUUCUGCAGGCAGCUCUGUCCAUAUUUGGUAUGAUCAGUGGCCCUCUUCUUGGCCUUUAUCUAUUAGGCAUGCUUUUCCGCACAACCAAUUCCAAAGGAGGACUGACUGGAUUGAUCAUUGGCCUGGUGUUAACUCUCUGGGUGGGGAUUGGAGCUCAGCUUUACCCUCCAACAGCUGACAAGACAAAUCCCCUUCCCCUCAGCACUGCAGGCUGCAACAAAACAAUGGACCUAAACAGCACCACAGCAACUCCAUGGACCAGUCCUGCAACAAUGACUCCACAAGCAGAUCUCCGGCCUCCUUUAGCAGACUCCUGGUACUCUCUGUCCUACGUCUAUUUUUCUACUUUUGGCAUGUUGACCACAAUAGUAUCUGGCCUACUGGUGAGCAUAAUCACAGGCGGGUGUAAGCAAAAGAAGAUGAACUCUGAUCUAUUUGUGAGGAAGAGUGAUUUGAUAUGCUUCAGCGGCUGCAGUGAUUCAAAGGCAUCUGAUGACACAGAAAAGGCUCCAACAGAUCUUCACAUGGGAAUUGACAACAAAGCCUUUACAGAGAUGGACGUAAAGAGCAAAGAAUCUGAAAAUGCCACCAAACUAUAAUGCUGCUGUUAUCCAUACCCUUUAUUAAACGCAUAUUGAAUAAGCCAUGGGUACUUUAAUAAAAAUAUAUAUGUUCUUCUCUGUUAACUCAUAUUUAAAACUUGAUAUUUAGUAUUGACACUGAAGAGUUUUAAAGUUUGUAAUAAAGCCUAAAAAA